CUUGAUGGUUAACAAACAACUUGGACUUGACUUGGACGAAACAGAGGCCGGGCCGUCGCACUCCAGAUCUCAUAGCCCGGUUUCACACUCUGGAUCUAACCGCGUCGAAAAUGAUGUCGGUAGCGAAGAAGAGUAUGGCAAUGACGAUUCUGCUUACAGCGAAAAUGGCAAUCAGCGAGAUGAACUGGAAGAAGGCCUGGAUCCCGAAGGCUUUGCAGGACCCUCUCAGACCAGAACUGUGCAGCCAUUAACUCCAGAGGCGCUCGCCGCAUUCCGUGCAGCGCAAGGACGAGCUGGCGUAAUAUAUAUUUCGCGCAUCCCUCCUGGUAUGAGACCCACGAAGGUCCGUCAUCUCAUGAGUCAGCAUGGUGAAGUGGGACGAGUGUAUUUGCAGCAGGAAGACCCGAAACGUGCAUAUCUCCGCAAAAAGUACACCUCAACAAAGAAAGCCAACUUCACCGAGGGUUGGGUCGAGUUCGCAGACAAGCGCGUCGCACGCUCGGUAGCAGAAAUGCUCAACGCGCAACCUAUUGGGGGUAAAAAAGGAACACGUUGGCGAGACGACGUGUGGACGAUGAAAUACCUUCCGAAGUUCAAAUGGAACAUGCUCACUGAGCAAAUCGCAAAUGAAGCAGCCAUCCGCACCGCUCGUCUUCGCGUCGAGCUUGAACAAUCUCGUCGCGAGCAAAAAGACUACCUCCGCCAGGUCGAGCUCGCCCGUGUUCUCGACAAGCGCGCCAAGCGCAAACGGGAGGCAUUAGAGAAGAGGGGUGAACGGGUGGACGCGAAGACAUCUCUCCUCCCACCGCUAAAAAAGUUACGGAAUCUUUCCAAAGGUGACGAGCAGGGGGAUAAAGAUAAAGAUAUGGAACUCAAGAGAAAACGAAGGGACCAGACAGGGAUGUCGGAAGCUGAUUCUGGACAGCUUGAGAAGGUUUUAGGGAGUGUAUUCUAGACUACAUGUUAACGGAUGCAAUACAUAUCUCGGGUACAGAUUCAC